AUGAGGCCACGAGCCAGUUUUCUCGGUCUUCCGUUUCCCAGGUUGUGGCAUCAGCUGACGCUGCAGGUGCUUGACUUCGUGCAGGACCCGUGCUUUGCCCACGGGGAUGGGCUCAUUAAGCUGUACGAGAACUUCAUCAGCGACUUCGAGCACAGGGUGAACCCCCUGUCUCUGGUGGAGAUCAUCCUGCACGUGGUCAGACAGAUGACGGAUCCUAACGUGGCGCUUACUUUUCUGGAGAAGACUCGUGAGAAGGUGAAGAGCAGCGACGAGGCCGUGAUCCUGUGUAAAACAGCCAUCGGCGCCCUGAAGCUGAACAUCGGGGACCUGCAGGUCACAAAGGAGACCAUCGAGGACGUGGAGGAGAUGCUCAGCCACCUGCCUGGGGUGACGUCGGUCCACAGCCGCUUCUACGACCUCUCCAGCAAGUACUACCAGACGGUGGGGAGCCACGCGUCCUACUACAAGGACGCCCUGCGCUUCCUGGGCUGCGUCGACAUCAAGGACCUGCCAGUGCCGGAGCAGCAGGAGAGAGCGUUCACGCUGGGCCUGGCGGGACUUCUCGGCGAGGGAGUGUUUAACUUCGGAGAACUCCUCAUGCACCCCGUGCUGGAGUCGCUGAGGGGCACCGACCGGCAGUGGCUGAUUGACACCCUGUAUGCCUUCAACAGCGGCAACGUGGAGCAGUUCCAGACGCUGAAGGCCGCCUGGGGCCAGCAGCCUGACCUCGCCGCCAACGAAGCUCAGCUCCUGAGGAAGAUCCAGCUGCUCUGCCUCAUGGAGAUGACUUUCACACGACCUGCCAAUCACAGACAACUCACUUUUGAAGAAAUUGCCAAAAGUUCUAAGAUCAGCGUGAACGAGGUGGAGCUGCUGGUGAUGAAGGCGCUGUCGGUGGGGCUGGUGAAAGGCAGCAUCGACGAGGUGGACGGGCGCGUCCACAUGACCUGGGUGCAGCCCCGAGUGCUGGAUCUGCAGCAGAUCCAGGGGAUGAAGGACCGCCUGGAGUCCUGGUGCACGGACGUCAAGAGCAUGGAGAUGCUGGUGGAGCACCAGGCGCACGACGUCCUCACCUAGAGUCCUCCCAGCGGUGCCCGCUUCCCGCCACGGUCUCCCU